GGGCAGGACCAGCGACCCGGCCCGUGGAGCCGGCGCGGGCGGGCUGCUGAGGUGGCUGUCGCCGGCUCCGAGCUGCGGCUUCCCGGGCCGAGCCCCCGAUGGAGGCCGAGGCCGCUGACGCUCCCCCGGGCGGGGCCGAGUCGGCGCUCACCUGCUUCUCUUUCAACCAGGACUGCACAUCCCUAGCAAUUGGAACUAAAGCCGGGUAUAAGCUGUUUUCUCUGAGUUCUGUGGAGCAGCUGGAUCAAGUCCACGGAAGCAAUGAAAUCCCGGACGUCUACAUCGUGGAGCGCCUCUUCUCCAGCAGCCUGGUGGUGGUGGUCAGUCACACAAAACCACGGCAGAUGAACGUGUAUCACUUCAAGAAAGGCACAGAGAUCUGUAAUUACAGCUACUCCAGCAACAUCUUGUCCAUAAGGCUGAACCGGCAAAGGCUGCUGGUUUGCCUAGAAGAGUCCAUUUAUAUUCACAACAUUAAAGACAUGAAGCUGUUGAAGACCCUCCUGGAUAUUCCUGCAAACCCAACAGGUCUAUGUGCUCUCUCUAUCAACCAUUCCAAUUCUUACUUGGCCUAUCCUGGAAGCCUGACUUCAGGGGAGAUUGUGCUUUAUGAUGGAAACUCCCUGAAAAUAGUCUGCACUAUUGCUGCCCAUGAGGGGACACUAGCUGCCAUCACCUUCAAUGCCUCAGGCUCCAAACUAGCAAGUGCGUCUGAAAAAGGCACAGUCAUCCGGGUGUUCUCUGUCCCUGAUGGGCAAAAGCUCUAUGAGUUCCGGAGAGGGAUGAAAAGGUAUGUGACAAUCAGCUCUCUAGUGUUCAGUAUGGAUUCACAAUUCCUCUGCGCCUCCAGUAACACUGAGACGGUACACAUCUUCAAGCUGGAACAGGUCACCAACAGUAGACCAGAAGAGCCUUCGACCUGGAGUGGCUACAUGGGAAAGAUGUUCAUGGCUGCUACCAACUACCUCCCCACCCAGGUGUCAGACAUGAUGCAUCAGGACAGGGCUUUUGCCACCGCACGCUUGAACUUCUCCGGACAGAGGAACAUCUGUACCCUCUCAACGAUCCAGAAGUUGCCACGGCUGCUAGUUGCAUCAUCCAAUGGACACCUUUAUAUGUACAAUUUGGAUCCUCAGGAUGGAGGAGAGUGUGUCUUAAUCAAAACCCACAGCUUGCUUGGCUCAGGAACAACAGAAGAGAAUAAAGAAAAUGACCUCAGACCUUCCUUACCUCAGUCUUAUGCAGCAACCGUAGCCAGACCAAGUGCAUCUUCAGCCUCCACGGUGCCAGGUGGGUGGACACGGGGCCAACAAGGGAGCAUCUCCAACAGUGACCUCCCUCCCCUUCUCCCUCCACCCUCCCUCCCCUUCCCCCUUCACUGUUACUUGGGGGUGGAGUGCCCUCCCUCCCCUUCUCCCUUCAAGCUCCCUCCCUCCCCUUCUCCCUUCACCCUCCCUCCCCUUCCCCCUUCACUGUUACUUGGGGGUGGAGUGCCCUCCCUCUGCUUCUCCCUCCGCCCUCCCUCCCCUUCUCCCUUCACCCUACCUCCCCUUCCCCCUUCACUGUUACCUGGGGGUGGAGCGCUCUCCUUGAAUUUUUUAUUUCCUCACAGGUGAAGCCAUGGUAAUAGCCUUUAAACCUGGGACCCUCAACCUGGCAAGGCAUCGCACGAUAUGGUCUUUUUCCUAACAAGCAGUGUUAACCCUUUGCCUCUUCAAAAAUUCCAAUGAGGCCGGGCACAGUGGCUCACGCUUGUAAUCCCAGCACUUUGGGAGGCUGAGGCCAGCGGAUCACUGGAGGCCAGGGGUUUGAGACCAGCCUAGCCAACACGGUGAAACCCCGUCUCUACUUAAAAAAUACAAAAAUUAGCUGGGCAUGUUGGCACACACUUGCAAUCCCAGCUACUUGGGAGGCUGAGGCAGGAGAAUUGCUUGAACCAGAGAGGCGGAGAUUGCAGUGAGCUGAGAUCAUACCACUGCACUUCAGCCUGGGUGACAGAGUGAGACUCCAUUUCAAAAAAUAAAAA